AUGCGGGUCUCGCGGCGUGCGAUGAGCGGCCUCGCACCGACCGUGCGGGGCUUGGUUGAGGUGGCCUCCAACCCUACUUCCCCUUCUCCUGCCUCCCCCGCAUCCUCCACUGCAUCAGGCUGGAUCCGUUCCCUCCGCGCACACAAGAAAGUGGCCUUUGCCGAACUCGACGACGGUAGCGGCGGCACGCUCCAAGCGGUUCUAAAAGGCGCGGCCCGACCCAUAGCCGACUCGCUCUCUCCCGGCGCUUCCGUGUGCUUUAGUGGCCCCCUCUCGCCCUCCAAGGGAUCGGGCCAGGCUGUUGAGCUCCUGGUUGAGGAGGCGUCUGUCUUGGGUGGGGUGGAAGAGGGAUAUCCUAUCCAGAAAAAGGCGUUGCCGGCGUCGGUGUUGCGCGAAAAUGCGCACCUCCGGUUCAGGACGGGGGCUAUGGGCGCGACGAUGCGGGUGCGCGAUGCGCUGGCUCGCGAUUGGCACGACUGGUUUGAGAACAACGACUUUAUCCACGUCCACACCCCCAUCCUGACCGCCAACGACUGCGAAGGCGCCGGCGAAGUCUUCACCCUCUCCCAAUCCCUCCCUGCUGUCACUAAGGAGCCUUUCUUCCCCCGCCCAGUAAACCUCACCGUCUCUGGACAACUACACCUCGAAGCGCCGACCCACGCCCUAGGACGGACGUAUACCCUUUCCCCCGCUUUCCGUGCCGAGCCAUCCCAGACUAGUCGACACCUAGCCGAAUUCUACAUGCUUGAAGCCGAGGUCGCGUUCGUCGAUAACCUCUCUUCCCUAUUGGAUAUCGCCGAGGCCGGAGUGAGGGAUACGGUAUCUUCUCUCCUCCACUCCGAUUCGGGCCGGGCUAGGCGGGCAAGGGAGGAUAUCGCUCGUAUUGCCGCUAGCCAGGUCGCGAGCGAAGCUGAAGAGCGGGCAAGUGCUGGAUUGCCGCCGCUUCCACCGGCUUGUAGAGAGCCAACACCACUCGCACACCUCGAAGCUGCGACGGGGCGUUUUGAGCGCGUCACAUACGCUGAAGCCGUUAUUCUACUCGAGAAACAGCACGCAGAAGUGCCGUUCGAGCGUACCCCAGGAUACGAGGAGGGGCUGGCAAGCGAACACGAGCGCUGGCUGUGCGAGCAUUUCGGCAAGCCCGUUUUCGUCACCCACUACCCCGCCGAACAGAAACCAUUUUACAUGCUCCCCUCGGAUGCCAACGCCUCCGCUCCCACGUCUUCCGGGACCGUCGCCUGCUUCGACCUCUUGUUCCCCGGGAUUGGGGAGAUGGCAGGGGGGAGUAUGCGCGAACACCGCCUCGAGGCGCUCAAGGAUAGCCUCGCGCGCCAUGGACUCCCAGAGGCAGAGUACCAGUGGUACCUCGAUCUUCGGCGGUUUGGGUCGGUGCCCCAUGGCGGGUGGGGGAUGGGGUGGGAACGUUGGGUGUGCUGGGUGACUGGCCAGGCGAACGUGCGUGAUGUUGUCGCGUUCCCCCGCUGGGCUGGAAGCUGCCGCUUCUAA